GCGCAGGCGCAUGGGAGGCGCCGGGCUCACUCCCGCCCCUGGCCUGGUGGGAAGGGGUGAAAAUGGCGGCGGCCGGCGCUGUGGCUACUCGGCUGCUCCUGCUCCUGCUGAUGGCGGCAGCAGCCCCCAGCCGCGCGCGGGGCAGCGGCUGCCGGUCCGGGACCGCUCUGCGGGGGGCGGGGGCAGAAGGUCGAGAGGGUGAGGGCUGUGGCACCGUGGGGCUGCUGCUGGAGCACUCAUUUGAGAUCGAUGACAGUGCCCACUUUCGGAAGCGAGGCUCACUGCUCUGGAACCAGCAGGAUGGCACUUUGUCCCUGUCACAGCGGCAGCUCAAUGAGGAGGAGCGGGGCCGGCUCCGGGAUGUGGCGGCCUUGAAUGGCUUAUACCGUGUCCGGGUCCCUCAGCGCCCUGGGGCCCCUGACGGCCCAGAAGCCGGUGGCUACGUCUCCUCCUUUGUCCCCGCGUGCUCCCUGGUGGAGUCGCACCUGUCGGACCAGCUGAUGCUGCACGUGGAUGUGGCUGGCAACGUGGUGGGUGUGUCGGUGGUGACACACCCCGGGGGCUGCAGGGGCCACGAAGUAGAAGAUGUGGACCUGGAGCUGUUUAACACUUCUGUGCAGCUACAGCCACCAGCCACCGCCCCAGGUCCUGAGACAGCUGCCUUCAUUGAGCGUCUGGAGAUGGAACAGGCCCAGAAGGCCAAGAACCCCCAGGAACAGAAGUCCUUUUUCGCCAAAUAUUGGAUGUACAUCAUUCCCGUCGUCCUGUUCCUCAUGAUGUCAGGAGCGCCGGACGCUGGGGGCCAGGGAGGGGGCGGCGGCGGGGGUGGUGGUGGGGGCAGUGGCCGCUGAGGGGCCUGUCAGCACCCUGGUCCUCUGUCAUCCAGGCAACUCCCUUCUUGCCCAGAGUGCCCGUGUCCUUGGUUGUCCGAAGGAUUUGCCAGCCCAUCCCGUGUCCGUCCCGUGAGGAUGGGAGGACGUCCCCUCCCCAGGAGUCCUUUCCCUCUGGUCCUUGCUGUUUCUGUGGCUGGGGGCUACCUUCUGGUGCACUCCGCCUUCCCCUGUGGCCCCUCUGCAGCCGCAAAGGCUUCCCGUGCCCACAGCGUGCAGCUUGAGCUUCUGGGCCAGCUCUGACCUUGUGUUUGUCCCCCCGUUUCCGCCCCGAGCCUCACAGUUUGGGAACAUGCCGAGUUCUCUCCAGCCUCUGUGCCUUUGUUCGUAGUCUUCUCGUCCUGCCUGUCCCAGGCUGGGCUAGAUGGUCCCCCUAACUUGUCUGACACUGGAUUGGGCCAUGUGCUUCCCACCUGUCUGCCCUGAGGGGCCUGGCGCAGAGCAGGUGUGGGCUGGCCAGGGGUCCCCUCCCCAGCCCCCCCCCCCCAGGCUCCGUUCCUCCCAGCAGCCCCACCUUGGUCCUCCCAGCAGCCCCGCCUUGGGAUCCUCCCCCGGCCUUUAUCUGCCCAUGGCCCUGAGCAGUUUAGGCUGCUUUGUCAGGAUGCCAGGCCUUCGGUAAGCUUUGGGGCAUGAAGAAAUUAUGUUAGAAGUGAAAACAAAACUAAUACUUAGUGGAGUCGAGGGCCGGAUGAUGUAAAUAGAACCCGUUUCCCUGUCCGGAAUGUCUUCCCUGUCUGGGCACUGGGAGGCCACUGCCUGGCUUUGCUGUUGAUCACCCCCUCCCUUUGUCUAUUUAAAAACAUUCAAAAGUAUAUUGAAAUACAUCCGAGUUUUAAAAAACAACUCAGCAGCCGAAUGCAACCGUCGAUUUGGUUCCAAGGAAAUCCCAGUGCCCAGGCUUUACUGAAUUUCCGCCGUUCACUGUACGUUAUUAUCCCGAAACACACACGAAUGGCUCGCGGGGCUGCCGUAACGGCUGUGCGACGCUCCACGGUGUCGUAUGGCUGUUGAUUAAACUGUUCCCCAAAUGUUCCACAUGCAGCUUCCUGCUCAGUGUGGUUAAUAAAUAGCAGUGUUAUCCAGGC